GCGCCUUCAGACGCAUUUUAAUGUGAAAUUACUCUAAAUUUUAAAUACCGUGCUAUUUUACAAAACUGUGAUUUGGUACUCGCCAACAUGUCUGUUAUGGGCAGCGGACCUAGCUACGCCAUGUGGGCGGCUCAAAGGGCGGCCGGCUUCGGCGGCAACAUGACCGUCGUGGACAAGGUGCCACCCGACAUGCUGCAUAUGGUGGACGCGUACUGGUACCAGUUUCCUCCCAUGAACCCACUAUGGCACGGCAUCCUGGGCUUCACGAUAGGCGUUUUGGGCUUUGUUUCCAUUAUGGGCAACGGCAUGGUCAUGUACAUAUUCAGCGGCACGAAGGCCCUGAGAACACCCUCCAAUCUGCUGGUGGUGAAUCUGGCCUUCUCGGACUUUCUCAUGAUGGUUACCAUGUCGCCGGCGAUGGUUAUCAACUGCUACUACGAAACGUGGGUCUUAGGUAAAGCAAGAAAAUUAUAUAUUUUUUUAUUGUUAGAGGAAAGAACAAAUAAAAGCAAUAGAUAAAUUCACAAAGGUAUAAUGAAAGAAGUAUAGCUUAGACGCAUUAUUAACACGUGUCAUGUCGACAUGUGGACCAUAUUUGAACUUUUGGGACUUUCGUCGUACGUUCCCGAGGGUAACAUGACUGCUUGUGGCACGGAUUACCUUACCAAGGACAACCUUAGCAGAAGCUAUAUUUUGGUUUACGGCUUUUUCGUUUAUUUUGCUCCACUGUUUAUAAUUAUAUACUCCUAUUUCUUCAUCGUGCAGGCUGUUGCGGCUCAUGAGAAAUCGAUGCGGGAGCAGGCGAAGAAAAUGAACGUCGCUUCUUUGAGAUCAUCGGAAGCUUCACAGACCAGCGCCGAAUGCAAGCUGGCUAAAAUCGCCCUGAUGACGAUCUCGCUGUGGUUCAUGGCUUGGACACCCUAUUUGGUCACGAACUUUUCAGGCAUCUUCGGCAGCACUAAGAUCUCCCCGUUGGCGACUAUCUGGUGUUCGUUGUUCGCUAAGGCUAAUGCCGUCUACAACCCGAUUGUAUAUGGAAUUAGCCAUCCUAAAUACAGACAAGCGCUGGAAAAGAAAUUCCCAUCGCUGAUAUGCGGAUCCGAACCAGACGACACUGCAUCGACAGUCACAGGAGCCACGAACUUGACAGAAGAAAAACCAGCCGCCUAAACGGAUGUUUUACGAUGAAAAUCAUGUGUCUGAAUCGUACUUGAUGCUUUAUUUGUAUAUAAUGACAAUGUGACAAAUAUUAUAAGAUGGCGUUGCGACGUUUUUUGUUAACA